AGCGAGAGAGAGGGAGGGAGGGAGAAAGAGAGAGAGAGACAGAGACAGAGAGAGAGAGAGAGAGAGAGAGGCCCUAGGGGAAGGGGGCGGGGCGAGGCGAGGCGACUCGACUCUACUCCUCCGGCGGCUCGCGCGGGAGCCUGCAGCCUCGUUGUGGUCAGUCUGGCAGCCAGUGGCAGCGGCAGCGGUAGCGCUUACCCGCUUCUCGGGUGUCUCCGGCGCUUCUUCCCCACCCCCGGCCCGCCAGCGAGCGGCGCCGGCGGCUACGCCUAAAAUGACUAAUGUGUGAUCUCAGUGGAAUAAAUGGCGUCCAAAGUAACAGAUGCUAUAGUCUGGUAUCAAAAGAAGAUUGGAGCAUAUGAUCAACAAAUAUGGGAAAAAUCUGUAGAACAAAGAGAAAUCAAGUUGAUUAGACUGGGGUUAAGGAAUAAACCAAAGAAAACAGCACAUGUGAAGCCUGACCUCAUAGAUGUUGACCUUGUAAGAGGAUCUGCAUUUGCUAAGGCAAAACCUGAGAGUCCUUGGACUUCCCUAACAAGAAAGGGAAUUGUUCGAGUUGUGUUUUUCCCCUUUUUCUUCAGGUGGUGGUUACAAGUAACUUCAAAGGUCAUCUUUUUCUGGUUACUUGUUCUUUACCUCCUUCAAGUUGCCGCAAUAGUAUUAUUCUAUUCAGCUCCAGGCCCGCAUAGUAUACCUCUGACUGAAGUAAUUGGGCCAGUAUGGCUAAUGUUGCUACUGGGAACUGUACAUUGCCAGAUUGUUUCAACCAGAACCCCUAAGCCUACUCUUAGCAGUGGGGGCAAAAGAAGAAGGAAAUUAAGAAAAGCAGCACAUUUGGAAGUACAUAGGGAAGGAGAUGGCUCUAGUACUACAGAUAACACACAGGAAGGAACAGUGCAGAACCAUGGUACCAGCACUUCUUACAGUAUUGGCGCUGUCUUCAGAGAACUCUGGCAUGCUGCUUUCUUUUUAUCAGGGUCGAAGAAAACAAAAAAUUCAAUUGAUAAAUCAACAGAAACUGAUAAUGGUUAUGUAUCCCUUGAAGGGAAAAAGACAUUUAAAAGCAAUGAGGAUGGAAUACAAAAUUAUGAACCUCAGUGUGAAGUCAUUAAGUCAGAAGAGACAGGCUGGAACACAGGAACAGUCAGGAAUACACCCAGUAGUCAGCACAGAGACAACCAAAGGAUAAUCACAAAUGUCUCAGAUGAAGUAUCCAGUGAGGAAGGCCUGGAAACAGGAUACCCAUUGCGUCGCCAUGUAGACAGAGCCUCUGAAAACAUCAUUCGAAAUAGGAAGUCACAUCAUUAUAAGAAGCAUUAUUCUACAGAGGAUGCCCCUAAAUCGGGUACUAGUUGCAGCUCUCGCUGUUCAAGUUCCAGACAAGAUUCUGAGAGUACAAGGCCAGAAUCAGAAACAGAAGAUGUAUUAUGGGAAGACUUGUUACAUUGUGCAGAAUGCCGUUCAUCUUGUACCAGUGAGACAGAUGUGGAAAAUCCUCAAGUUAAUCCAUGUAUGAAAAAGGAAUAUAGAGACGACCCUUUUCAUCAGAGUCAUUUGCCCUGGCUCCACAGCUCCAACCCAGGAUUAGAAAAAGUCAGUGCAAUUGUAUGGGAAGGUAAUGACUGCAAGAAAGCUGAAAUGUCUGUGCUUGAAAUCAGUGGGAUGAUUAUGAACAGAGUCAACAGUUACAUACCAGGCAUAGGAUACCAGAUUUUUGCAAAUGUAAUUUCUCUUGUCCUGGGUUUCACUCCAUUUGUUUUCCGACUUUCUCAAGCUACAGACUUGGAACAGCUCACAGCAUAUUCUGCUUCAGAACUUUAUAUCAUUGCAUUUGGUUCUAAUGAAGACAUCUUGGUUCUUUCUAUGGUUUUAAUAAGUUUUGUGGUUCGUGUAUCUCUUGUGUGGAUUUUCUUCUUUUUACUCUGUGUAGCAGAAAGAACUUACAAACAGAGACUACUUUUUGCAAAACUCUUUGGACAUUUAACAUCUGCUAGGAGGGCUCGAAAAUCAGAAGUUCCCCAUUUCCGACUGAAGAAAGUGCAGAAUAUAAAAAUGUGGCUCUCUCUUCGUUCCUAUCUUAAGCGUCGAGGUCCUCAGAGAUCAGUUGAUGUAAUAGUUUCAUCUGCAUUCUUGUUGACUAUUUCGGUUGUAUUUAUCUGCUGUGCCCAGUUGCUUCAUGUUCAUGAAAUCUUCCUUGAUUGUCACUACAACUGGGAACUGGUGAUCUGGUGCAUCUCUUUAACACUUUUUCUCCUAAGAUUUGUUACCUUAGGAUCUGAAACAAGCAAAAAAUAUAGCAAUACCUCAAUAUUACUUACUGAACAGAUAAACCUGUACUUGAAAAUGGAGAAGAAACCUAAUAAGAAGGAGGAACUGACACUAGUGAAUAAUGUGUUGAAACUUGCUACUAAAUUACUGAAGGAAUUGGACAGUCCCUUCAGGUUGUAUGGGCUUACAAUGAAUCCGCUGCUUUACAACAUUACCCAGGUUGUCAUAUUGUCUGCUGUUUCUGGUGUCAUCAGUGACUUACUUGGAUUUAAUUUAAAGCUUUGGAAGAUCAAAUCAUGACAAUGUAAAGAGAAGGCCUCGUCCUGUUAUCUGAAACAAGAGUACUGACUAAGCUGUCUCAAAGCAGUCACUGAAUCUGUGCUUCAGAAGCUACGGUCUCCUUAAAGGAUGUAGCUUAGAAAAUUGAAGUGUUUACAUCUGACUGUCUUGUGCAAUUGUUAUAUUUAUUUUUACUUUUUCACUGUUUUUACACUUUAGUCUUUAUAUUUUAUUUUCAAACAUUGAUAUACCUAGUUAUUGAAAGGGUGAUAAAAACUGAUAUCCAUGUACUUGAGAUCCUGGUAAUAGUUCAUAGUCAGUUGCUAACAUAAUGGAUCCAGAUCCAGAAUAUAGAAGUCAUUGAUGAGGAUUGUUUUCUCACAUGUAGAGUGAACUUGCCUUAUUUUAGAAAAAAAAAUCUUACAUUAAAUUGUUUAUAAUGUUUAUGUAGGCACAAAACGGAAUACACCUAGCAUUCUGAUUCAUUCAGAAUAGAUUUAAUUGUUCUGAACAAGAACCAACUGUAGGUUGACAGAAGUAGCUGAAUGAUUUAUUUACUGUAUUAGAACACUUUCUAGAUCCAGAGUUUUCUCUGUAUUUUAAAUUUGGAACAAUGCCAGGAUCUAAACUGAUUAAGCUGCAGUUUAAGCACCCUUCAGUAUUAAUAAAUUAAUAUGGUAUUAUAUAAAACAGGUCAACAAGUGCUCUUUGAUGAUAAAACUCUUAAUAGAGCAAUAAUUGUAAAUGGUUACAAUACCGUAAGGUAUUUUGAUAAAAAUUAACUAGUAAUAAUUGUAUUUAUUUGAAACACUGGGCUGUUUGCACAGCUCUAACUGUGCAUGCUCAAAAUGUGCACUUUUAAAAUUAUUACUUUUGAUGUGUAUCUUUAUAUGGAAUAUGUUAUAGUGUACUGGGGCAUGAUAUGGUAUCCUUUUGAGUGAGGUAUAUAUGCUCAUCUCACAAGUGAAGUGCCUCUUGAUUUUACUAAAGUACCUUAUGUUUACUCAAGUAAAAUAGAUUUUUUUUUCUCCAUGGUACACUAUAGCAUAUGCCAUUUAUACCACACUCAAGUGAACAAUCUAAGGAUAAAUACCCAUAAAAGAUGAUAAAUGUAUGUGUACACUCAUGUAUGUGUGUGUACAUGUGUGUGCAUGCACAUACAUAUGUGGACGCCUAUGUGUAUUGUGUACAUACAUGUUCCUAGAAACAUGAAAAUUUUCAGAAAAAAUACAGUUUACAAACUAUCCUCUAAAUUUCAUCUAGAUAUACACCUCCCUUUCUCAUUAAUGUAAGGGCUAUUUAGAAAUACAAUUCUUUUAGAAAAUUGAUUUUUCCACAAGUGUCAAAUUGAGUUACCUUAUCAUAUUGGCAUAUUAGACAGAUGGAGUUAACUUGAUGGUAUCUUAUGUUGAAUCUCGAUUUAAAGUUGUUGUAUUUGUAUAAUCAAUU